GAACUAUAAAAUGAACCUUUAAAAUCAUUGAUAUUACAUUGCCAAAGAUAAACUCUGGGGUCAGUACCUCUAUCACUGAAUAAAUGCAAAUUCAUUUCUCACCAAUGUGUGGCGAGCCUCUUCUCGUCCCACUUUAAGGUGCCGCUUCUUUUAUUAUGGAAGCAAUCGGUGCUCGAAGCCCCCCUCCCCCCUUUCCCCACCCCCGAAUUAUUACCCCUCCUCCAUUUGUAUCCUCAGUAACAUAAAUAAAUUGGUUUCACCACAUUUCAGAUUCGUUUCAUCCUAAUGAGAUGGUUACGAAGCCGUAUGGCGUCGUAUCCUAUAGGUCGUGGGCGUCUUCUUUUCUUCACGCCCUUCUCGUUGACGAAGGUGCACCUCCACACAAGCCGGGAAACGACGACAUCCUCUGAAGCGGCCACACCCGAGGCGGCUCUACCCAUUGAUGCCAAGGCCGCCGAACAAAUUCGAAUAGCUACAGAAAUCGGCGAGAAAGGGUUCGAAGAAAAUGUCAAAAUUCUUAAACAGCUGAGUUUGCGAGGAUUGCGGGCCUUUUCGAUUCUCACAGUUGGCUUAGGGGCAUUGUUCUAUUCCAAGAAGCGGUGGUCAAGGCUCACGGCACAAAGGGAAGCUGAGGAGAGCUGAAUUCUAUUUUUUUUUAUACUAGAAUAGAAAAAA